GGGAUGUGACGUUAGCAAAGCAUUGUGGGAAGAUGAUUUUUCGCGCGUCCUGUUGUUUCCUCCAGGACUCAAGGCCACGCAGUGCGCUCUUCUAUUCUUUAGUAAUUUCAGGGUAAAGUGAAUAUUCAAAUUUACUUUUGAAAAGCAGCAUAUUAGCAAAACUAACAAUGUCGAACUUUUGCGCAGCACCGAAUUGCACCACAAGAAGCAAUGAGUCAGCAUCGCCAUUAUUCAGGUUUCCAAGCGACACUGAAAGAUGCAAGCAGUGGGUGGACAACUGUCAUUGCAAGGAUCUUGAAGAUAAAACACCUGACCAGCUAAACAGACACUACAGACUUUGUGUUAACCACUUUGAACCAUCCAUGAUAUGUAAAGCAAGUCCUUACAGGACAAAGCUGAAGGAUAAUGCCACACCAACCAUCUUUGACUUAACAAGCCACCUCAAUAAUCCACAAUGUAGGCAACGCAAGAGGAUUAAAGAGCUGAGUAAAGCUGAAGCAGGACAAAUGAAAGAGAGGAAAAAGGACUCGGCGGACCAGUCAAAAACUAACACAAAUUUUGCGGAAGGUCAAGAUGACCCUGAGACAAACGACACCACCCAGCUGACCUCUAAGGAGAAGGAGCAUAGAGAAUACCUCAAAUCACUAUUUGAAGUUAUUGUAGUAUUGGGCAAACAAAACAUACCUCUGAAUAGACAUACCAAGGAGGUGCAGGAGAGCAAGUGCCUUACUCCGAGCAACUUCAAGGCAUUGUUGGAGUACCGAAUGAAUGCUGGUGGUGACGAAGCUCUUAGGAAAAGGUUUGAGAUGAGUGCUAUGAACGCAGUGUGCUGCACCUUCACCCAGCAGAUGCAGAUGAUGGAGGUCUGUGAGAGUUGCAUCCGUGAGGAGCUCUUACGGGAAGUCAGAGAGGUUCGCUUCUUCUCAUUAGUCACUGACGAUGUCGUUGAAAUCUCUGGCGAGAGCCACCUCCCCAUGUUCUUGCGUUUUUUGGACCAGGCCAACUGCUUGCGGGAGGAUUUUGUGGGAUUCCUUCUAUUUGAGGGAGAAGAUGAGACCCUGAUGGAGAGGCUGCUGACUGAGGUGACAAAGAAGUGGGGUUUAAAUAUGGACUACUGUAGAGGGCAGGCCCACUUCAGCUCCGGUGUGCAUUCUAGCAAAAUAAAAACCAUUGCAACCAAACUCACAGAGAUGUACCCCACAGCAGUGUACACACCAAGAUCCACCUGUGCCUUAAAUGCCUCACUGGCAAGUGGAGUGGCUUUGACAGGCGUUCAGAUUGUCAUGUCUACUUUCAAGAAGAUUGAGUCUUUUUUCAAUGAAGCUUCUUCACUGCAAUUGGAGUUGGAGAAUGCCAUCUCCAUUUUCUACCAGGGUAAUGAAGAGAAGGCCAAUGAUCUGAAAGAGGCCUGCCGUACCAACUGGACAGUGAGACAUGAUGCAUUUGAGGUAGCAGUCGAUGUCCUGGAAUCUCUUCUGCUCUGCAUGGAUAGUGUUCAUGACAAUGAAGAUCUGAGGUGGAGUGACCAAGUCACAAAUGAUGCCUUGGAGAUAUCAGAGGCUCUGGCUGAUUUUGAGUUUGUUGCAACAUUGGUUGUGCUAAAAAACACCCUGUCAUUCACAAGAGCCUUUGGCAAGAACUUGCAAGGGCCAACGAUGGAUGUCUACUUUGCUGCCAACAGCUUGACCGCUGUGUUGCACUCGCUGAACGAGGUCUCUGACAACAUUGAUGUAUACCAUGAGUUCUGGUUUGAAGAGGCUGUUAACCUAGCCGCUGCACUGGAAAUCCCGGUCAAGGUUCCCAGGCUCUACUUGAGAAAGUACCAUGCAGAAUCUGGAACAGAGAUCCAGCCUGAGAGCUACUUUAAAGAACACCUGACCGCCCCGGUGGUGAGCCACGUCAUCAAUGAACUGAACGACCUCUUCUCUGAAAACCACCUCAAUGCCCUGAGAUGUCUGACGCUCGUCCCUGCUGUCAUGGGGCAGUUAAAGUUCAACACUUCUGAGGAGAACAACGUGGAGAUGUACAGAAACGACCUUCCCAAUGCAGACACUCUCCCCACUGAGCUGCACUGCUGGAGGGUGAAGUGGAAGCACAGGGGCAAGGUGACCCUGCCCUCCACCGUCCAUGAGACGCUGCAGCUGGCUGAAGUGAAGUUCUUCCCCAACGUGCUUGCCUUCUUGAGGGUGCUCUGCAACCUGCCAGUCCUGAGCCUUGAUGUUGAUGGCGAUGCUUCUCGUAAACGCUUUCAGAUGUACCUGGAGAACACACCUGACAAACACAGGUCCAAGAGUCUGGCGUUUCUGAACAUACAUUAUAAUGCCAGACAUGACCUGGAUGUCAUGGUUGAUAGUUACAUUAAGAUGUACCCUGAAAAUGAAAGUCAUGAGCAAGUAUGCCAGCCUGUUGACUAAAUUACUUGUUAUUUUAUGUUAGUAGUAGUCUGUCCUUAGCAUUUGUGACCUGAGCUUACCUAUCACCUAUUGGAUGUUUGAUAUGUUUAAACCACUUAUUAUGGCUGUAUAUGUUUACCAAUGACCAAUGCAAAUAUAUACGUUUUUUGUUUUGGGGAAAAUCAAUCAUUAGUUUUAAACUGCAAAAAGUAUGUGGACACCUGCUUGUCGAACAUCGCAUUCCAAAAUCAUGGGCAUUAAUAUGUAUGGUGAAGCGUAAUUCAUCAUUCCAGAGAACACACUUCCAAUGCUCCAGAGUCCAAUGGUGCUGAGCUUUACCUCUCCAGCCGACGCUUAGCAUUGCACAUGGUGAUCUUAGGCUUGUAUGCGGCUGCUUGGCCAUAGAAACCCAUUUCAUUAAGCUCAUUACGAACAAUUAUUGUGCUGAACAUUUCUUCCUGAGGCAGUUUGGAACUCGGUAGUGAGUGUUGCAACUGAGAACAGACAAUUUUUACACACUUCAGCACUCAGUGGUUCCGUUCUGUGAGCUUCUGUGGCCUACCACUUUGCGGCUGAGCUGUUGUUGCUCCCAGACGUUUCCACUUCACAAUAACAGCGCUUACAGUUGACCGAGGCAGCUCUAGCAGGGCAGAAAUUUGAUGAACUGACUUGUUGAGAAGGUGGCGUCCUAUGACUUUGCCACAUUGAAAGUCACUGAGCUCUUCAGUAAGGAAAUUCUACUGCCAAUGUUUGUCUAUUGAGGUUGUGUGGCAGUGUGCUCGGAUUUUAUACACCUGUCAGCAACGGGUGUUGCAUAAAUAGCCAAAUCCACUCAUUUGAAGGGGUGUCCACAUACUUCUGUGUGUACAGCACCUUCAGAAAGUAUUCAUACCCUUAGACUUGUUCCACAUUUUGAAUAAAAAAAAAUGGGUGAAAAAUAUACAUUUAUUCCUUCUACAAUACCCCAUAAUGACAGUGUAAACAUGUUUUUAGAAGUGUUAGCACAUUUAAAAAUGAAAUGCAUUAAUAUUUCAUUUGCAUAAGUAUUCACACUAGUGGUGCACAAUGUAUCGGUGAACAUAUUGGAAUCGGCUGAUAUAAACUAGCCAUUUUUAGCUAAACGCCCCGAUAUCAAAGCUGACGUGCAUACCUAUAUAACGUAGAUACAUGAUGCCACGUACAAACGUUGCGCUAUACGUGCAACACAGCAUUCCUAAACUAGCUCACAAUGUCUGCUGUGGAUCAAGCAAUCAUUUGAAAGAGUAAAAAAAAUGUCAGCGAGACAACUCAAAGGCGAAAUCCAUUAAAGCCAAGAUAAUGGAAUUCAUUGUCCUUGACAAUCAAUCGUUCUCUGUUGUGGGUGAUACUGGCUUUCGCGACUGGUCAAGCGCUACCAAGUGCGCUAUUUUUCAGAUGUUUCCCUACCGGAGUUGCACAGUAAUGGCGUAACUGCUAUUAGCUUCAUGACAUGCAUACUAUGGAACGCCGUUUGGGUCUGCGUGUCAAAAAAGAUACAGUAGCACUGUCAAAGCUGUACAAAAAAAUCUGCAUGCACAGGCCACGAACAAUGUGUUUACAAUACCGCGUUGGUAAUAAAGCAUAAUUUGUUCGACCGCAAUACAACCAGCCUGAAAACAAUGAUCAGUAGAACCUGCAGUCAUUUAUAUUAUUCUUAGCAAUGAUUUAGGAAUCCUUGUGAGUAAGUAUUAGCUAGGUUGCCACUUUUUGUUCGGCUAUUGAAAUUGAACUUCAGUUCAUGAAAAUAAAUAGCUAGUCGGCAACAUAACCCUGUUGCCCAAAGCUAGCGUAAUAAGCAGCCAGCUAGCUUAUGCUUGUGAAGCUAGCCGCAAUAAGGAUUGGGCACAAUAGUGGAAUUUUCGGUUUGCCUUCAAAAUAAAAGUAUGUCAUUGACAGUAAUACAAAUGUAAUUAUGCCAUUUUUAUUUUGAAGGCUAACCGCAAAGUCCACUAUUGUGACUAGCUUCACAUAGAUGGGUCUGACCACCAUGAAUCAAAUAAAAACUGUCUUAUAAUUAGGGUUAUUUUAGAUGACACGUACUACUACACAGUUAGCAAGCUAACUAUAGCUACUGAAACGGAUGUCGUGUUAUUUGACAUCUUUUUUGACAUGCAAAGACCGAAAUGGCAUUCCAUAGAAAUCCUGGUUGAGAAUGGAACGACUGAACAACGAAACAGCAAGUAAGUGAAGUAAAUAGGUUUUGAUUAUGUUUUACUGGUAAUUGCCUCACCCCUGAGUCAGUACUUUUUAGAAGCACCUUUGGCAGCUAUUACAGCUGUGCCUUUCUGGGUAAGUCUCUAAAGCCUUGUUCACACUGCAGGUCGUAAUGCUCAAAUCAGUUUUGUUUUUCAAAUCCGUUUUGGACUACAGACAGCACAUUACAAGUGUCCAAAUCUGAUUUAUUUGUGUGUGUUCAUGUUGAACACUAUUGUUGCACACAGUCCAUGCAACUUAUGUGACAUGUUAAGCAACUUUUUACUCCUGAAUUGAUUUAGGCUUGCCAUUACAAAGGGGUUGAAUACUUACUGAGUCAAGACAUUUCAGCUUUUCAUUUUUAAUUAAUAUGUCAAUCCAAGAAACAAUGUCAUACUCGUUUGAACCAGACAGUAGAUGGUCUUCACGUAGAGACCGAGGGUCGCUGUUUCGCUCGCUCGGAUGCUUUCUCCUGUGAGAUACAUUGUCUCUUGCAAAUUGAAGGAAAAUUAUUAAACACAGACAAAAUGUAAUGAUAUUUUUAAAACAUUUUUGGGAAGCCUGGUUUCUCUUGGUGUCCAUGAAUACAUGCCACUGAAUUUAUGUAUAGGUAAUUGAUGUUUAUGCGACUGGAAAUGUAAUAUGUAAACUUGUGUUGUUCCCAGUAGACACUAACACCUUUGGCCGAUUUAUCAAAAUGCGUAGGGAAUAUGUAGUUUGGAGUGUUUACACAUUGCAAGACAUCAUAAUAGCAUGUUGAUGCUUGUCAGACAUAAACAAUUUAAAAUGUAGACAUUUAUAAAUACAUCUGCAAGAUGUCUUGCCAAUUGGCAAACUCCAUACUACAUUUUAGGCUUAUGUUUAGAUGUACAGUUUGUGCAAUCUGGGUUGAAGUGCUCCAUCUUGUAAAACCAAUUUGAAAGAAAUACAGUUGAUUAUAUUCAUUUUGUAAAAAUGAUCGUUAGAAAUGAAAAAAAAUAAAAUUAUUCAGUCUAAUGAAUUGCAAUUGUCAUUCAUUUGAUAAUUACACUACACAUUUUAUUUGGGUUACCUGUUUGUUUGGGUGAUAGCAUUAUCUCUGAAAUAAAUGGAAGGUUUUUCCUCAUUGACUUUGA